AUGAGCGAACAUGGUGCCGACCUCCGCUUCGAUUCUCCCGAAAAGGAGAUCAAGCAUUGGAAGUCCAAGGUUGCCGACAUGCAAGAUGCUCUUCGCGAAACCGAAUCCAGUCUCCAAGACUUUGUCGAGAGCAGUAAGGAGCUCGAACAAGAGAUGGAAAAGGAGCUCUCCGCCUCGAACAAGACCAUCUCCGAUCUCAAACGUCGUAACGAACAACUCAGCGGUGAUCUCGAGGAUUGGAAGUCCAAGUAUUCGCGCGCUCUCUCCGAACACAACGCCACCCUCACCACGCUCCAAAAGGAGCUCGGCCAGCUCAGAGAAUCCGUCGACAUCUACAAGGCUAAACUCCGCGACACUGAACUUACCAACGACGAGCUGGAAAACGCCGAACGCAUGGUUGCAUCCUCCCUAGCCGAUAUGGAGGGCAAGUACAACAAGACCAUCGAAAAAACCGCGUUGCUCGAAGAGGAGCUCAUCGAAAAGACUCGUCUCGACGAAGAGAAUCAGCGUCUCAAGGAUGAGCUUCGCGAAAUGACCGAGGAGAUGACCAUUCUCCGCGACCUUGUGACCCGCAGCAGAGCCAUUUCCCGGGCAGACACCAUGGCCAGCUCCACCUACGACGACUCGACCGCACCGCGCUCCGAACAGAGCUUCGACAGCUCUCCCAUCAAACCCAGCUCUGCAGCACGAGCAACAGAGCGUCCAUCGUCUAGACAGGCACUCAGCUCCCCAGUCACCAAUCGAGUGCCCAUCUCUCGUCGAUUGGGUGCAAUGGGCCACAACCGCAGACUCAGCCGUGACGUCCGAGCCGCCGAGGCACCUAGCCUUGCUGCUGUGCUCGACGACAGCCCAACUGCUACCACCACCUCUGCUGCACCAACACGUUCCUCGACGCUCUCCCGAAGAGACCCACUCGCAGCCACCCCUUACCAUCACGGCGCAUCCACCAGUCAUGGUCUCACCUCGUCCCCCUCUGCACGAGCCCAGCUGCGUGCCUCGGUCCGCGCUGCAGCCCGCAUCGGCGGCGCCGUCAGCGUCUCGUCUGCUCCUCGCUCCACCAACUUGUCUGCCAAUGGUGGUGCUGCUGGAUCGAAACGCAUGAUGGCCGAAAUGAUAUCCAAGAUGAAAGCGCUCGAAUCGCGAAUCAACUCUGCCAAGGACCUAUCGCGCGUGGUCGGUCCGGGCGACGAAAGUGCCAUCCCUCGUCCUAGCUCCCGCAUGGCCACGAUUGGCUCACCCAGCGCCAACGGUCACAACUCGAUCCACAUGCCCACCUCGACUCCACGCGCACCGCGUGCCAGUAUGGAUGGUAAUCGCACCAUCGGUUCGUCCAUCCCUGUACCCUCUCGCGUACGAAGACCGAGCUCAAGGAUGUCGGAACGCGGCACACCGCCCAUGCCGAGCUUGGGUCUACCACGAGCUCAGACGCCCAGUAGCCUGCACGCGCGCGGUUCGAGCCGCGCCGACGGACCGUCGCCUCUACCACUGCAUGAGUUUAUGGACCACGAUCCUGCAAGUACGUUGCCUCACGCAGCUCGCUACGCCGCGGCUCAGGCAAGCGUAGCAAAACGACGCACCAGCAUGUCCGGUUCCGGUAUGUCACACUCAGCAUCGCACGGCUCGCUUGCCAAAGUUCGGUCCGGCUCAACACUACCCAGGUCCACAACGCCUUCGACCGUCGCUGCGCCCAGAGUGACGCAAAGCAGCAUGACAUACUAUGGCGCCGAAGCUUCGAUGAGCAAGAGAACUCCGCUCUCGACGCGCUUGGCUUCCUCACAUAGAAACGCAUCUAGCGCCAGGGGCAGUAUCAACGGUCCGCCCAGCUCGUGGAAGACUUCAGCCAUGCCAGCACAGACGCUGUCAAGAAGCAGAUCAAGCAGUUUGGGGUCCGAGACCGAAACCUUCUAG